AUGCAAAUGAAAGGAGAAAAAGAUGAAAAUGAUCGUCUCUUGAAAAUCACGAAUCAUUUACCAUAUGAGUAUUAUUGUUGCUCCCCAUCACCAGAACAUAUUAAUUAUAUUGUUAUUGGUGAAUUUGAAAGAGCUUGUCGCACUUAUGCCAUGCUUUCAGAUGCUGAAUAUGAAGCUCCAACCAUUCAUACUCUAUUGUUUAAUUUGAAUAUACCUGGUAUUGAGGUUUUCCUUACAAAAGAAUUCAAAUUGAAACAAUAUUCGAAUAAUAACAUUGUGGAAUUCGAUAAAUUGGAGCAGCAAUGGAACAGAACACAUCAAUCACACAACAUGCUGCAAAAUUUCAAAAACAAUCCAACGCACAUAUCACCGUUGGUGGAGGAAUUACCUAUCACAAACAACAAUUGA